CCAGCAAAAGCACUUGAGCUGUUUUUUACUUGGUGAUUAUUAACCAACAAAUAGCAGCAUUGAGGGAGCAUACAUACACACAUUGAAGAGUAAGUCUUUGUCAAAAUGGGUAAAUAAAGCAUUCUUUUUUUCAGUCCACGUAAGCCGGAAAUUGAGGAGUUCUUGGCUCAAUGUAAGAGUCGAAACGUGAAGAGAAAUGCUCACUUGUGUCUUCAGUGUCGAAGUGACCAGCAGAAGUGAACGCGAUGGAAAAAAGCAGACGACACAGUCGACUUGGUGUUGCUGCCACUCUGAAGGGAACAUCUGACGAGAACCUUCCAACAGCUCUGCCCGUGCGCCUGGAUGCGGUCACGGGUCACGAGCGUCUUCCUGCACACGAGGAGUCGCAGGAAAUGCUGCGAGGGAAACUGCGCACUCAGCAGGCUGACAGCACUGAGCUCAGCACUCUCAUUGAGGAGUUGUCUGCUCACCUCGUUGCCAUUGACAGUGAAGACCAAGUGAUUUUUGUCACGUUCAAAACAUUCGAGGAAGUGUGGAUGUUCGCAACGCACUACACACUCGGCCGGCUUGGUCAUUGCAUGGAGCUUUUGUUGUUUGACAAGGAGUUGUGGUUCCUCUCCUUGGAAAACCAUCUUGGAAUCAAAGUUUCCGUUCCGGAGGACACUCUUCAUGUUCUCUACACGUGCGUCCUCAUGGAAGAAGCGUCACUGUUUGCUCGCUGCACCGCCAGUCGGAUGUUUGAUAGUUGCACCUCCGGACCCGACCUGUACCUGGAGCAGGGAGACGUGGCGCUCUUUGAGCCUCCCUCCCGGGACUCGGGCUGGACGGUCCUUUGCUUGUCCGACGGCUCCCGAGGCACCGGGGCCAAACCUGCGCUGGAGCCUGUGAUACCUUUUCAUCAGUGGUUUCUCAAGUCUUGUCCAGAGAACAUUUUGGUGGGUGAUGGCAAACCGGCCCGUGACUUCCCCAUGCUCUUCGCCGCAGGCACGUGUGUGUCUACCGCGCAAUAUGACGCCAAAGGUCCAGAUGAGCUGAGCGUGUCCCCCAAUGAGCGCAUCAUCAUCGUGGGACGACUGGUGUCCUGUCACUGCUGGUUCUUGGCCAUGAAGGAGGAAACGGGAGAAAGGGGUCUGCUCCGGACGAGCCUGGUGAAACCCUCGGGAGACACCUACGACUCGACCGACGCUCUUUUAGACGGAGACGAAGCGGACUUUUUCAGUCUGCGGGAAGAUGCCAGUGAAGACCCGACCGCCUUACUCCAAAGCGCUUCUCAGAAGGAUUCUGGCGGGAGCUACAAACUUGAUGUGUUCAGCUACCACGACUCCACGGCCAAUCGGUCGCAUCCUUCCAUCCUGGUUGAGCCCUGCUUCCAGGAAAAUUUGGUGCAGCUUCUGGAUUUGUCUUCUGCGUGUGUUUAUUGGGGAACCAGAGAGGAUAAAGGCCGAAGCAUUAAAGCUCCUCCCUUCACUGUCCAGCCGGCUGAAGAAAGACAAGGCGGUGAGAACAUCACGUUGGUCCUCUCCUUUCUGGAUGGGCGCGAAUCCAAAGAUGAGUUCAGAGCCCUUUACGUACUGACACCCGAACUUGUGUCCUCCUCCAUCUUCUGCGGCCACUCAAGCGAGGACGAGUUGAUUUCCUUUCUGUCCGUCGCCAGGGAAACGGCGAGGAACCAAAGUCUUUUGUGGUCCCAGACUCGUCUGUGCUUCCUUUUGGGCAAGUUCUGCGCCGCCAAGUCCAAAUUCAGCCAGGCCCGGGUCUAUUUCGAGGAGGCGCUCGGUGUUCCCCGCGAUACUUUUGCCGACGUCAGGCUGCUGGCUAGCAUUUAUUCCAACCUGGCCGCCAUUUAUCUUCUGCAGAGGAACGCGGAGCGCUUCUUUGGCACGUCCGAACGACUGGCGGCCUUAUUAAUGGGAACGUCGUCCUGCCUGGAAUGUGCGACGGAAAGCUGGGUUCUGCAAUAUGCCCUCAAGAAGGCGGUUGUGUCUGAAAACACAAUGGCCGAAGCCCGGGCUUGCUAUCUUCUGGCGAUGCACCACUGGACUCGUGAAGAGGCGCCCAAAGUUGUCCCUUACCUGGAAAGGCUGCUUGUUCUUUCCGCUGGGUGUCAGGGAGGGUCGAGCGUCUCCCCCAGUAGAGGCGAUCUCGCCCUGGCGAGGCUGCACAAGGAAAUGGGCCUCCGCCAUCUUAGUAUUUCCUCAGCCAGAAGCGCACUGCUGCGUCCUGCGGCGACGCUGACAGACGGCCUCGGCAGCCUGCUCCUCGUGUCGCGCUUCUGUGUGGACAACUCCUUCCCAGCGCACAUGGCUACGUAUUUGCACGGGUGUCUCUCUUUGAGCGACUGUCAAGGAGGACGAUUCAUUUGGAAGCGCCGGCUGGCCCUUUGUCUGUCGCAGCUCUUGUACCAGCACGGGAUGCUCGGCCACGCCAUCCGAGUCGUGCGCAAACUCAUCGAUGGCGCCCCUCCCUCUCCAGACGUGGCUGAAGAGAAGAGUGCCCUCCUCUGGCUGGCAUGGCUCCACAUUCACAAUGUUCAACCCAGCGCGGGACUGCGCGUCUUGGACUCGGUCUUGGCAGCUCUGCCGGAGUACUGCGCCACGCCGCUGGAAGGGUUGGUGCUCAACAUGCGCGGCGUGGCUCUCCGUUGUAUGGGUGACCUUCGCAGGGCGGCAGAGAGCUACCACGCCGCUAUGGCCAUCUGCCAGGAGAACAAAGACGUGCCCAACCGAGCCAUAGCGCUUGCCAACCUCGGCCUGCUGUGUCUCAAGGCCGGAGCUAAAGGAGUCGCACAGAAGCACCUGACGGAGUCCGUGCGGCUCUUUUCCUCGCUGGACGGAGGGCACGAGACGACCUUUGUCGCCGUGCUCCUGCACCUGGGACAACACUGGGUGAACGAGCGGCGGAUGCAUUUUGGGAAAGGAUGCUACGAGUGGGCUUUGCUGCUGGCCAUCAAAGCCAACCUCCCAGACUGCCAGCUGACGGCGGUAAGACGUCUGUGCCACUUUUAUGAGUGGGAGAGUCCGGACCGGGCCCGGCGCGUCAUCUACAGCCGGUACCAGGUCCGACUGCUUCAAGGGACACCCGACCGAGAACGGGAGGGUGACACAUUGGAAGCCAUCAGCCAGCUCUUCCUCUCGCUGGCCACGCAGAGGGCCUAUCGCGCGGCUCUCGACCACACCAAGAGCAGCCUGGCUAUUUUCAUCGACCUGGGCCUGAGUGAGAAGGAAGCGUACGGAUGGCUUCAAGCUGGCAAGAUCUACCACCUCCUCGGCCAGGCGGAACUGGUGGAACUUUACGUACAGGUCGCACAGGAUGUGGCUCUGAGCACAGGAGACAACAAGUUCAUCUUGAAGAUGCAGGAAGCUGCUGGAGAUAUCUUCUUCAACAGCCGCCAUGAUCAAGACAAGGCUAUCAUCUACUACAGGGAUGGCGCUCUUCCCAUGGCGGACAGGAGCGGCGCCGUUUCCAGCAGGCUGAGGCUGUGCAACAAGCUGGCAGAAGUCAUGUUCCAACUACAACUGUACGGAGAAGCCUUGGAAUUUGCUCACAGCGCUCUGGAGAUCAGCGUCAAGCUAGGUAGGAACCAGAGAUGGGACCAAGUCACACAUGUGCAAGUCUCAAGUGAGGUCCUGAACGAGCGAGUGGCCUACCAUCGUCUGGCCUCCUUGUACCACCGUUUAGGUCAGUGUGAGCUGGCUGAACACUACUACCUGAAGACUUUGAGCCUCUGCCCGGCCCCUCUGCAGUUUGACGAGGAGGCCCUCUACUACGCCAGGGUAUACCGGACCUUGGGGGACAUCCUUUUCUACGAUCUGAAGGACCCUUUUGACGCGGCAGGCUACUACCAUCUUGCCCUGGCCGCAGCCAUGGAUGUGGGCAACAAGAAGUGGCAGCUGGUGCUGUGCACCCGCCUGGCCACCCUCUACCACAACUUCCUCAUGGACCGCCAGCUCUCGCUUUCUUUUUACAAGCGAUCCCGAGGCCUCGCCGCGGAGCUCAACGUGAGGAGGAUGAACACGGCUGCGGACCGCGCCGACGUUCCAGUUUACUAGGUGCCGCCAGGCGACUGCUGUCUUUGAGUAAUUCUGCACUACCGUCUGACGUUUCUGUGCACUAGUAGAACUACGUUUUGUUACUGGUGAGCUGAAACUUGUCGACAACUGUGUCCUGUUAGUUGUGCCAGUUAACCUUAGUAGUAGUGGUAGCAGAAAUUGCACUGGCAUAGCUAUGAUUCUUUUACUUUUUGUAGGGGUAGGGUGGAAAUAUGCCAAGGGUCUCUCUGAAAAUACUCGAGUCAGUUAAAACCCACGCAAGCACGGGGAGAGCAUGCAAACGGGAGAGCGGAAGAAAUGAAACGUCUUGGGUACAGAAAUAAUCAUAACUCAGUUGCCACGCUCUUCCCAUGAGACAUUUGCUCCGACAAACGAGUGCAAAUUGGUUGG